UCGUUACUCUAAUUAAAUAAAAAUAAAAACAGAAAAAAAAGAAAAAGAAAAAGAAAAAGAAAAAGAAGAACGCGCAACAGAAACACCCCCUCGGCUCCUCGCCUUCUUUCAUUCACAAACCAAACCCAACCCUAAACCCAGAGCAGCAGCCAGCCAGCCACCAUCACCCAAAACGCAUUUCGUCAGCCCCCACCACUGUCGGCGCCGGCGGUGACCGCCAGCGGUUGAAAUCUUUGCCUUUCGAAGGUCUGCUCGUCCCACUUUUCCUGGAUCCCUUCUCCUCGCGUCGCCGCCUCUGUCCUCGUCGGCGGCGGCCGCCCUGAACCCGUCGUCUCUGUCUUCGAGCCAUCUCUCUCUCUCUCGUUCACUGCGAAGUGCGAACGUCCCUCUCUGCCGCGGUGGACUCUUUUGCCGCCGUGGAUUCUUCUCCUCGCCGUCGCAAACCGUUGCUCGUCGGCCCUGUUUUUGUCGGUCGCAAACGUUGCUCGAUCUUCUUCAAGCGCGUCCUCUCUCUCCAUGAAUCUCUGCCCGGAGCCUCGCCGUCGCGAACCGAUCCUCUUCCUAGCUCACUCUCUGUCCAAGCUCACUCUGUCAGAGCCGUUCCUCCCUGGCCGUGUCUCCGUUAUUUUGGUUGUACCAGUGAACUAGUGAACAAGUAGCUAAACCGGUUUGGUUUUCAGAACCUUGUCGUAACUCAUAACGAUUCUCGUCAAGCUACAACCAUUAACACUCAAAACCCCUCCAUUUCAUAAACCAUCAAUACCCACUAUGUCCCAUUUCCGGAAAUUCCAAUUAACACACUUCAUCUCCAAAAUUUCCCAUACUUGCCUUAAACCCUCACAAAAUCCUAGAUUCCACAGCGCCAAAUCUGCACCCCAAUCUGCACAAAAAAACUGUGAUUUCAAGUUCCCCUCGAAGGUCAGAAGGGAAGCACAAGCCGCAUUGCUCGAGUACCUUCAUUCCACGAGGAGCUUGCAGUUCCUUGAUGCAGACAACAUGUGCAAAAACUCGCCCUUUUUCCUCGACGAUAUUUUGAGGAAGGUUCUUCAGAAGAAGAUCGACACUGCUGCCAGCGACGUCAAGAAAUCAAUCUCGCGUUACCUCCGUUACCACCCAAUUAACGAGUUUGAACCAUUCUUCGAGAGUACAGGUUUGAAGCCUUUUGAAUACUUGCACCUUCUUCCAAGGGACAUGAUGUUCAUCAAUGAUGACACUGUGUUGAUGGAGAAUUACCAUACUCUGUGUAACUAUGGUGUUCCCAGGAACAAAAUGGGGAAGAUCUUCAAGGAUUCACCUCAAGUUUUUCGAUAUGAAAGUGGGGUUCUGGUGUCCAAGUUUCAGAGUUAUGAAGAGCUUCGUGUUGCUUCUUCAACUUUGGUAAAGGUGAUUUCUUUGAACCCUAGGGUUUUGGUUGGGGAUGUUGACCUUUAUCUUGUGAAGGUUUUGGAGAAGUUAAACCGUCUUGUUGGUGAAGAAAAGGGUAGUACUUGGAUUGAGGAGCAGUUGUUGGAUGAGAGUAGCUGUAAUUUUGGGGUUAUGCAUGAGCUCUUGUGCUUGCUUGAGAAGGUUUACAGUGACGAAAAAUUGUUGGGUGAGAUGAUUGGCCAGCACCCUUUUGUUGUUUUUGAGGAUUCUGGAGUUUGGACAUUGUCCCUCAUUGGGUUCUUGGUGAAAUUAGGGUUGUCCUUGGACCAGAUAGCUAUAAUUUUUGUCGAGUUUCCACAAAUUGGGGUGUUGAUGUUUCUGUCGAAUUUGCACAAGUGUUUGACGUUCCUGUCUGAUAUCGAUAUGCAUGCUGCAGAGAUUGGGAAGAUUUUCCAGUCUCAUUCCUUGCUGAUGGGUUCAUUCACUAUUAAGAAAAGUAGUAGUUUGCUCAGUAGCUUGAAUGUUGGCAAGAAAAGGCUCUGUAAGUUAGUGCAGGAUAAUCCGGAAGGGAUGCAGAAUUGGGCUGUGGGGAAGAAAAUUCAGCCUUAUCCUGAGGAUAAGGAAACAAGGGCUCUGAAAACAGAGUUCUUGAAAACAAAGUUCUUGUUGAGCCUUGGAUACGAAGAGAACUCGGAGGAAAUAAAACAGGCUUUUAAGCUGUUCAGAGGUAAGGGAGAUGAGCUUCAGGAGAGAUUCGAUUUUAUUGUUAAUGCUGGCUUGGACGUUAAGGAUGUUCGCGAAAUGAUUAAGGCUUCACCUCAGAUUCUUAAUCAGACCACAGAUAUGAUCAACAUGAAAAUUGAGUAUCUUGUGAAUGAAGGAUAUUCUAUAUCAAAUUUAGUCAAUUUCCCAUCUUUUCUCUCCUAUACACUUUGUAGAGUUAAGCUUAGGUUAUCAAUGUAUAAUUGGCUUAGAGACCAUAGAGUUGUUCACCCGAGGCUUGCUUUGAGCACUAUAGUUGCAUGCUCAGAGGAAUUAUUCUUACGGUUGUAUGUAAAUCAGCAUCCAUCUGGCUUUCAAGUUUGGCAAGAUUUGAAGUCCGAAAUUUAUUCUGAGAGAUAAUAACAUGAUAUGAUCCCUUUUUGAAAUCAUGAUCAUGGUUUAAUCUGGAAAUAUGUUUCUGGUUCUGAUAAUUGUGUUCUCCUGCUUUUACAAAACUGUUAAGGAUGCUUGAACUGCAAGUUGUCAUCUGAUUCCAAAUACUUGACUCUAAGUUGACAUGAUCAGUAUACUCAUGAAUAGCUAAUUGGAUAUUUGGUGUGUUGAUAGACACCACCAUAGAUGAUUACUGAUUGCAGAUAUUUCCGACAUAACUUGUAGAUGGAAGAAUGUUGGCUAGAUUGGUUUUGUUGUUGAAGCCAUCUUCAUCAUGUGGCUUGUAUAUAAGCUUUCCUCUGAACCCAGCUACACUGUGGGCCAGUCUUCAGUGGUUAAAUUUUCUAACUGAAUAUGUUUCUUGAGAAUGAAGCAGCAAGGGAAUGGAAAUGGUGAGGAUGAGAGAACGUACUGUCUGAAGAAUUGAAGCAAGACCAGCAAGUGUAUUGGGUUGAAGGUAUUGUUCCUGGGAUUGCUGAUUGUUUACCCCAAAAAUUGGGUGAAAUGGUUUCAAAAUUUAAGAAAAGAAGUCAUAUGACUUAUUGUUGGUAGUUGCCAACAAUUUCUUGUAAUAAGUUCCAAUGGUCUAUGGGAACUCCUAGAAGAGUUGGAAGGGCUGUGGUGGCGUAGGAGCAGAUGGUGGCAACUUUUUUGAACUUGAAGCAUUUGAGAAAUCUUUCCGUUCAACAAACUCACGAUUUUUGGGUUCACCGGUUUUGAGCCAUGUAUCCGCCUAAAAUCACUUGAUUGCUAAAAUGCCUACCAACACAAAGUAGAUGUCUUUUCUUCUCUUGUAAAAUGAUACUAAAGUUAGUAAUUCAUCAAUCAAGGUUCGAGAUUUUCUAAAAUGAAAAAUUCCUUGCAAAUGGUAAAGUAAUUGAUAAAUUUCAUGCACUCUUCAUUGUGGUAAUUGAGAUAAGUGGGAAUUCUAGCUUUUACUUCAGUUACCACUUGAGAAAUUCACUUUAAGUGAGAAAUAAAGUUACAUGUUUUUAUCAAAUAAAA